CUUUAGUUCAUAAACAACAACAAUACACCAUAGCAUCUGAAAAGACUGCAGCUUUAAAAAAAUUAUUUUACAGUGAAGUAGCUUAAGUACCUAUAAAUUGAAAUCCUUUGCAACUAAAGCGGAUCUCUACCCUUUUUUUUUUUUUUUGUCUACUUUGUUUCCGGUACGUCCAUUUUAAGAAUCUUCAAAAUGCCAUAAAUGAUGAUGAAUUUGCCAUUUUUAAUGACCUUAUAUUAAAAGUAGAGAAUUUAACUUUCACUCUCUUGUAGAAUCUUAUAUGAUAACAAUGUUCUUUUCCUGAUUCUUUGUUCUUUUGGUUUCCUGUUGAACCUUAAAUUAUCUCGACUCGUUCAAUUUGCUGCGGUUUUCUUUUUCCCGAGUUCAAAAUCGUGAAUUGAUCUCUCCUUCACUAGAUUUAAGUGUUUCCCCUUGGAUUCUCGGGGGGAUUUCAAUGGACGACGGGGAGCUUGAUUUUUCGAACCAAGAAGUGUUUUCUGGCAAUAACAUGGGUGACAUUCCUAGCAGUUGUUCAAUGGACAGUUUUUUCGAUGAAUUACUCAAUGAUUCUCAUGCAUGUACUCAUACACAUACUUGCAACCCACCUGGACCUGAUAACUCUCACACACACACCUGUUUUCAUUUUCAUACCAAGAUUGUGCCUGCCUCAAGUGAAGAUAAGGCUGCUAUUGAUGACACCGCUGUGUCUGGGGAGAAUAAAUCGAAGAAACGUCCGUUAGGUAAUCGAGAAGCUGUCAGGAAGUAUAGGGAGAAGGUUAAGGCACGAGCUGCCUCUUUGGAGGACGAGGUUGUGAGACUGAGGGCAUUGAACCAACAGCUGGUGAAAAGAUUACAGGGUCAGGCUGCAUUGGAGGCUGAGGUUGCAAGGCUAAAGUGUUUGCUUGUAGAUAUUAGAGGAAGAAUCGAAGGGGAAAUUGGACCGUUUCCUUAUCAGAAACCAGCAACUAAUGUUAACAUGAUGAAUGUGCCUGGUGCUUAUGUGAUGAAUCCCUGCAAUGUGCAAUGCAAUGAUCAGAUGUAUUGCCUUCAUCCUGGAGUCGAAGAUAAAACAGGAGAAGCUGCAGCACUGAAUGGACAAGGAUUUAAUGGUUGUGACUUUGACAAUAUUCAGUGCUUGGCGAAUCAGAACUCUACAGGUGGGAUUGGAAGUGCAGGGUCGAAUGGCAAUUAUUCUGGCACAAAAAGGAGGAAAGGUGUUCAUUCAGCUACAGCAGGCUGAAAACUGUAUGGAAGAGGGGUACAUGUUUGUGUUCCAACAAGCAAUUUUCUUGGGAUGCGUCGCCUCUUCCUCCAGGUUGCAUUGCUUUUUUUUUUUUUUUUAUUUCCCAUCUUUUGUUCUUUUUAGGUUAUUAGGAUCUUCUUAGUUUAUGCCGACAUGCUUGGGAAGCCAAAACUUUUGGAUUUAUAAUAUGUAGCUUUUAUGAGUAGCGGUUUCUUACCAAGUAUAAUGCCAUAUCCCAUCUUCUUGCCCACAAUGUAUGAUAAUCAUCAGUAAUGUACUGUCACUGAUGCUAAGCUUUGCAGACUUCAUUACAAAUAUAUAAGUAAUUGUGUGUAGUAGUGUUUUUCUUUCUUCAUAAGUUCUAGUUCUUUCUAAGGUAUAUGAACUCUCUUAUUGCUGAAUGACAGAAUUAGGGGAGAUGGAAUAACUUUGAUGUUUUGGAUAGUGUGAGCCCUUACCAGGUGAGUUACAAAGUUUCACUCCUUGCACUCAUAGGUUGUGGUUCACAUUGGAAGCUACAAAUUAGCUAGCUAUGCUUUCAGCCAUUCCUAUUCUGGUUUUGCAUGGCAUCGACAAAAGCACAUGAAGUUCGCUUUUGCCAUACCUAUUGUUUAGGAAGGCCAGAGAUGCAAAGUGGCCGUCAUUUAACCGAGAUUUCUAUCAUCAGAUGUCUGAUGAAAACUCGAAAGUUGUAUAAGACAGGAUCGAUAAACAUUUCUAUGAUACUCUUAAACUGAUAAUUAAACCCUGAGAUUAACUGAUUGCCUGCAAUUGAAACAAAAAAAGAAAGGGAAAUGUGGGUAUAUAUGAUAAUUUCAGAACAUAUGAUGGCGUGAAAAAAGUAAAUAGCUAAUGCUUACUAAUAGGAAGAAAAAUGAUAUGAAUGUGUGACCUUUUUAUCUUAAUGCUGGUUUUCAUCAUUAUCAAAGAUUGUUAUAGAAAUAUGGAUGUCAUUAUCUUUGUAAAAACAUUAUUGUUUAUCAUGAUUAAAAAACCAGUUACGGUGUGAAUGCUAUAA